AUGAGUAACUGGAUUGCUGAAAUCUGGGCCCAGGAUCAGGAUAUGGGUGGUGAUGCUGAUGCAGCCGAUUGGAGGACUCAGCUACCAGAGGAUGCCAGACAGAGGAGUAUAAAUAAGAUAAUGGAUACCUUGAAGAGGCAUCUUCAUUUCUCGGGUGAAGAGGGGAUACAGGAACACAAGAAAAUAGGACAGGAGGGGCUGCAGGAACUCAAGAAAAUAGCCAUAAGGUUUGAGGAAAAAACUUUUGCUAGUGCAACAAGUCAGUCUGAUUACUUAAGAAUUAUAUCUCUGAAGAUGUUGACAUUGGAGACAAGAUCGCAGAAUCCCACCGACAAUUCUAUCCAGUUCAAUGCUGCAGGCAAUACUAGCCAAAACACCCAUGAUCCAGGUAAUGGCGAUUCCUGGUAUAUACAAAAUAUUUGA